AUGGACGCCUUCGAAGAGGAGAAUGUUGUGAUGGAGGAUCAGGAGAAAGAGCAUGAGCACAGCAAUGAAAAGAUUAUCAAUGAAGAAUACAAGACAUGGAAGAAGAACGCGCCGUUUCUCUAUGAUAUGAUUCUCAGCACAGCUCUGGAAUGGCCCACACUGACUACCCAGUGGCUACCGGACGUGCAAGCAGUCCCCGAUAAACCAUACUCCACCCAUCGCCUGCUCAUUGGCACCCAUACUGCCAGUGAUGCUCCAAACUAUCUCCAGAUUGCCCAUGUCCAGCUCCCCAAUGCCAAUACCCCAAAUCCCGAGGAUUACGAUGAGGAGAAGGGUGAGAUUGGGGGCUAUGGUGGUGGCUCAAAGAAGCCUGCUAUGGAAAUCAAGUUCAACAUUGUGCAGAAAAUUGACCACCAGGGAGAAGUGAAUAAGGCACGCUACCAACCUCAAAACCCCAAUAUCAUUGCAACAAUGUGUACCGAUGGCCGAGUGAUGAUUUGGGACCGAUCAAAGCACCCUAGCAUACCAAAUGGGAUUGUGAACCCUCAGAUGGAGCUUCUCGGCCACGAGGCUGAGGGCUUUGGCUUAAGCUGGAACCCUCACGAAGCUGGCCAUCUCGCAACUGGUAGUGAAGACAAGACGGUUCGCCUCUGGGACCUUACCACAUAUACCAAGGGCAAUAAAGCCCUCAAACCCACUCGCACCUACACUCACCACUCCUCCAUUGUGAAUGACGUUCAGCAUCACCCCCUUCAUUCAUCUCUUAUUGGUAGUGUUUCCGACGACAUCACGCUUCAAAUUCUGGAUGUGCGUAAUGCAGACUCCACGCGCGCUGCUGCUUCCGCUGAAGGCCAGCACCGCGAUGCUAUCAACUCGAUCUCCUUCAAUCCCGCAGCCGAAACAAUUCUGGCCACUGGAUCUGCCGAUAAGACUAUCGGAAUCUGGGAUUUGCGAAACCUGAAGACGAAGCUGCACUCGCUUGAAGGCCACACUGAUUCUGUUCAGUCACUUUCGUGGCAUCCCUUCGAGGAGUCCGUACUGGCUAGCUCCAGCUACGACCGCAAAAUCAUGUUCUGGGACCUCAGCCGAGCGGGUGAGGAGCAGACUCCCGAGGACGCUCAGGACGGACCGCCAGAGCUGCUUUUCAUGCAUGGUGGACACACCAACCGCAUUUCUGACUUUAGCUGGAAUCUUAACGACCCCUGGGUCCUUUGCUCGGCUGCUGAGGACAAUUUGUUGCAAGUAUGGAAGGUGGCAGAUGCAAUUGUGGGCAAAGAUCUGGAUGAUGUCCCCACAGAGGAAUUAGAGGCAUGA